GGACCCGACUCUUUCCCUAAUCGGCUAAUCCCCGCCUCCACCGAGUCCUCCCAUAGUCCCAUCCAUCCCCCUCCUGAAACCGGAUUGGGGCGAACCGGACCGCAUCAGAAGAGGUCUCGUCUAGCAGCCGAGUUCGCACGCCGGCGCGGACGGCCAUGGAGGACGAGGAGCACGAGGUGUACGGCCAGGAGAUCCCCGUCGACGGCGAGGACGUCGACAUGUCCGGGGCCGGCGACGACGCCGCCAAGCUGCAGGAGCUCGACGAGAUGAAGCGCCGCCUCAAGGAGAUGGAAGAGGAGGCAGCCGCGCUCCGCGAGAUGCAGGCCAAGGUCGCCAAGGAGAUGCAAGGUGUAGAUCCUAAUGCAACCACAUCUGAAAACAAAGAGGAGAUGGAUGCUCGGUCAGUAUUCGUUGGAAAUGUUGACUAUGCAUGCACUCCAGAAGAAGUACAGCAGCACUUCAAUUCUUGCGGAACUGUCAACAGAGUGACAAUACUGACUGACAAGUUUGGGCAGCCUAAAGGUUUUGCUUAUGUGGAAUUUGUUGAAGUUGAAGCUGUUCAGGAAGCUAUUAAGCUGAACGAGUCAGAGUUGCAUGGCCGCCAACUCAAGGUGGCACCAAAGAGGACUAAUGUUCCUGGGAUGAAGCAGCCCCGCGGCCGAGGUUUCAAUCCCUACCAUGGCCACCCCUACAUGAGGCCAUAUGGUUAUAGUCCUUAUGGCUAUGGGAGAUUCCCCAGAUUCCGCCGCCCUCGCAGACCUUAUUUUUGAUUCUCAGGUCUCCAUAGAGUUGUCAGCACAUGAAGCAUAGUCGGUUCAGAUUCAGGAGGAAGCUGGGCCUUAUUCCCGCUUUCUGUUAUUUCAUAGCGUAACAACAUCCCGGGUUUAUGUUCCCAGACAUGUUUUCGAAUUGACGAUGCUUAAGGCUUGUACUGUACUGUAUUGUUGUCUUUCAGUGACGGUUGUGCAAAACAAUUACGAUUUGGUUACACGGAAGGUACUAUUGUGAUGUUGCCGGGCUGCUGUUGCUGCGAUAGCGUGCUUUGCUUAAAUGAAUGUGUAUGUUUGGAAUA